AUGAACGCGCUGUCACAUCGCGAGGAGGAAACUCUGAUGAAGGCUGCCAAAGCCAGAGCUCUGAAAGAAUGUGAUCCCAUCGUCCGAGAGUUUGCUGACUGCGCAACUGGCCGUACUAUCUCGGUAGCUUGGGCAUGUAAGAGCAAGUAUUCGGAGUUGCAGUCCUGUAUGGGACAAUUGUGA